AUGGGACACCUGCCACCGCCAGAACCAGCUCCCAAAAUGAGCAAAGAAACUGAUUCUCACCGAUUCUCGGCGAGCAAUGAGCACGUGCUGACCAUGUUGGUAGAUCGAAAUAACACAAUGAUCAGUUGGGCUCUGACCCUGAUCUUCAGCGUUCUGCUGGCCAGUGCCCCUGGUUCAGCUAAGGCUCAGGAUGAAUCCCUAGCUGGGAGUUUUCUAUCCGGUCUUUUGGAUACCAUUACCAGCACGGUGGAUGCCAAGGAUUGCCCCGGCGUCUGUGUCCACACUUUGGCUACUUUGAUUUGCUAUGAAGUCCUUGACGAUGUGCCCUGUCCCUCGCCCACAAUGAAGUGCUGCAUUGAGAGUGCUCCAGCUGGCAAGAAUGUCACAGCGGUAAGGACUACAGCAGCGCCGAAAACCACAUCUACAGCCAGCACCACAACGACGCAGAAAACCACAACCACGGCAGCCACCACAAGUACCACAAAAAGGACCACUACAACCAGUACAACAGUGAAACCAAAGCCAAAACCACAGCCCAAGCGUCCAGCCAGUACUACGACCACCAAGGCCACAGUAGCCACCACCAAGAAGCCCAGCACCACCAAAAAGGUGACCACUGCCAAGCCCAGCAAGGACAAGGAAGAGUCCACCAAGGCGGAUGAUGCCAAUAAGGACUGCACUGGCGUGUGUGUGGCGGAUCGGAUAGCGGAGUAUUGUGAAGCCUAUUUGACCAGCGAUGGUUUGUGCAAGGAGGGCACCAAGUGCUGUGUCUCCCUGGAUGAGUAUUCCAAUAGCAAGCUGCCCAAGGAUAUCUACAUUCCAGCCAAACACAUGAGCAACCUGAAGCCCAAUCAGACUCUCGCCGAGAAGUCUGCUCCUACUAAGAGUGGAUCAAGUACCUCUACAAGUAGCACCACUACUACCACUACCAGUACAACCACCACGCCAGAACCGGCCAGGACGAAUAGUGCUCCCAAGCCCACUAAACACAAGAAGCAUCCGACGACCACGACCACAGAGGCGGCCGAGGAAGAGGAGGAAGACGAGGCGGAGGACGAUGGCGAGGAGGAGGAACCACCACUGAGUAACAAGCUCAAGUCUGGCCAGGGACAGGGUCAAGUGCUAAAGGAAUGCGAGGGAGAAUGCAUGAACGGCAUCUUUGCCAUCUUCUGUGACGAUAUCGAUUCCGAUGCCUUCUGUCCGGGUGAGGGAAGCUGUUGUGUCACCGGAAGUGCCUCCGAGUCACCGGCUCCCUCCAAGCCGGCAACACCCACUAAGCCGGCCAUCAAACACGCACCUAAGCCGGCUUCUAAGCCAGCACGUCCUGCCUCUCCGCCGCCGCCACCAUCAUCAUCCACAUCAGGAGGAGGAGGAGGAGGAGGAGGCGGUGGUGACUUCCUCUCACAGAUCAUAUCCUUUGCCGAGAGCACACUCAACUCACCGGCUCCACCGCCGCCGCCACCGCAGUCGCCUCCUCAGGUUCCUCGCUGUCCCGGCUUCUGUCUGCUGAAUAUUAUGGCCGCCUUCUGCGAACGUCCCUCGGUGCUGGUCUCCACACCCACCACAUGUGCCAAGGGAUCCGUGUGCUGCGACAACUCACGAUCGGGAGUGGUGAAGCCCAAGUUGCCACCGCCAACACCCUCACCCACAGCUCCGCCCACGGCGCCACCUUAUGUCCUGCCCAAUACACCAAGUCCGGAUCCUAGGGAGGAGUGUCCCGGCUCCUGCAUAGUCAGUCUGCUCAGCUUCACCUGCUUCAAAAACGCCGAGAUGACGGAUCUGUUCCGCUGCAAGCGCUCUGGUCAGAUUUGCUGUGCGCCUAAGAGCAAAAUCCUGGAGAAACAACAGUUCCAGACUCGCAAUGACACCGCCUACUAUCCGGCACCACCACCACCGCCCAUCGGUCCGCCGCAGGCCUAUCCGCCACAGACGCCGCCGUACUCCUACAUGAACAAUCAGCCGCAGGGACCACCGCCUCCUCCUCCACAGAUGACAGUGCAUCAUCAAAAUCCCUAUCAGCCUCCACCGCCGGCUCCCAACUAUGCGGACUAUUAUCCAAUAUCCGGACCAGGUCUUCAGGGUGGACUACCACCACAACCACAACCGCCACCGAUGACCACGCCACCACCUACGACAACCACAUCGACGACUCCUCGUCCGCAUGUCUACUCCAAGUAUGUGUGCGGUGUGAAGGGAACCCUAAGGACAGGACGCUCGCCGGCUCUCUCAUUGGUUGCCUACGCCCGAGCCAAGUAUGGAGUCCAGAGAUCCGCGCGGCAGAUAACCUCCGCCUCGGGUUACUCCGGAAACUUUAACAAAUCCAAUGAGCGGCUGGUCCUGGGUUCGGCCAUCGUCCCUAUCCAGAUCCACAACGACAAGCUGGGCGACCUUGUCGAGUCGAGUAGCCUCCAGAGAAACCAACUACGUUCGUACCACAACCAUCGGGAGGAGACAGGAGUGGCUGGGGAUCAGCCGGAGCUAAUCUAUCCUAAUUACUAUCAUCAGCAAAAGAGAUCCCUGCAUGGCCUCCAGUUCCAGUCCAAUUCCAGUGGACGACGUAGGGCCCGAGUGGUGGGCGGUGAGGAUGGUGAAAAUGGAGAGUGGUGCUGGCAGGUGGCUCUGAUCAACUCCCUGAACCAGUACCUCUGUGGAGCGGCGCUCAUUGGCACCCAGUGGGUACUCACAGCGGCCCAUUGUGUCACCAACAUUGUUCGUUCCGGGGAUGCAAUCUAUGUGCGAGUAGGUGACUACGAUCUGACCAGGAAGUACGGUAGUCCUGGAGCUCAGACCCUGCGCGUGGCCACCACCUACAUUCACCACAAUCACAAUAGUCAGACGCUGGACAAUGACAUUGCCCUCCUGAAGCUCCAUGGCCAGGCUGAGCUAAGGGAUGGCGUGUGCUUGGUGUGCCUCCCGGCUCGUGGAGUGAGCCAUGCGGCGGGCAAGCGAUGCACAGUGACGGGUUAUGGCUACAUGGGUGAAGCUGGUCCCAUUCCACUGCGAGUGCGUGAGGCCGAGAUACCCAUUGUGAGUGACACGGAAUGCAUCCGGAAGGUGAACGCCGUGACGGAGAAGAUCUUCAUCCUGCCGGCGUCCAGUUUCUGUGCCGGCGGUGAGGAGGGACACGAUGCCUGUCAGGGCGAUGGCGGUGGUCCGCUGGUGUGUCAAGAUGAUGGCUUCUAUGAGCUGGCCGGUCUCGUAUCCUGGGGAUUCGGCUGCGGUCGACAGGAUGUGCCCGGUGUCUAUGUGAAGACGUCCUCGUUCAUCGGUUGGAUUAAUCAAAUCAUCAGCGUAAACAACUUAUAG